AUGGAGAGUCAAGACCCAUUUCCCGAGGAGGUCGCGCGGCGCGCGCCGCCGCUGAUGUGGGCCAUCGCGACUGCGCUGGGGAAGGCGACGUCGCUGCACCCCUCCUGCGUGUACGUCCACAUCCUGCUCCUCAUUGCGACGACGUUGGGCGCUGUCCAGCUCAAGUACGGCGGGAUCCUCGCGCGCCACUGCAACCUGCUCAUGCUGCAGCACGGCGAGCCGGGAGAUGGCAAGUCCAUUGCCUUGUGGCUCGACGUUCAGAUCCUGUCCUACUACGACCAGGUGAGAGAGGCCCGCGCCAAGCGGAGGUACGAUGCCGCUCUCGAGAGGCAUGAGCGAGACCUGGUGACCGAACCCAAACCAGAAAAGAAGCCAGAGAAGGAUUCCAUUUUCAACAAGGGCACCUUCAUUGGCCUUGGAGGGUUCACGCAGGCGCAAGAGGAUACCGCGUUCCUGGCGCUGCACGAGGGGAAGACGUGGCUGCCCCAGACGUUCGACAGUGGGCCUGGCGGCGGCAUUGAUGACCUCAACCAGAUCCACGACCACGACCUCUACAAUAAUCACCCCGGUAACAGCCAAAAUAGGUUCCGCGUCAGGAGCCCGCACUUGUGCGGGGCAGUCAUGAUGCACGUCGAAGAGGUUUAUGACCAGGCGCAUAAACCAGACUCAACAGCGGGCAUGAUGCGCUUCCUCGUGGGCCACUUCAUCGCGGUGGUCAACAAGAUCUUGCCCGACUUGCCCCCGCCGCAGCUUGCCCGGAUUCUGGAUAGCGACCCGAAUUACUUCAACGAUCUGACCUACGACGACGUCGUGGAAGCGCUGGGGGGGGGGGUCACGCUGGUCUCGUCUCUCCUGUUCCCGAAGGGCAAGGAGCGCCGUGACGAGAGGGGCUCGAGCGACCGCUUCUCCAGAGCUCGCGGGACGCACUUCCUGCCCUGGGCCCCAGAAUUCAACAAGUCUGCCGAUUUCGUCCGCGGCGAGGCCCGGGCGUCCAAGGGGGAUAACGAGGACAGCGGAUAUUCCGCCGUCCAGAAGGACAUGACGCGGACGCCCCAGUUCAUCCCGCCGAUCGACGUGGGGGAGAAAGUGGUGGGAUUCCUCCUGGGGAAGGCUGGCAAGAGUGAUAGCCAGGUACAGGAGAUGACUGGGGAGGUGAUUGUGGAAUGUUUGGGGAAGCGUGCCCACGCGAACAUCGAUGCCCUAUUGGACGACUUGGGCCCGUCCCACAUUCCCCCCGAGGUGACGCGGCCAUCAGUUGACGCCGCCGUGGCGUUGGGGGACUGGUUUGCUAAGAACUUCCAGAUGACGGUGCGCGCCAAGGAGGUAACCGAAGACUUCAUGGAGGCCUGCGCGCUUCGCAUCCAUGCCGCCCCCCACCCUCGCGUGAACCCCAUGCUGACCUUGCAGCGCAUCGACAACAAUUGGAACGUCACAGCUUUCGCGCAGAACCCCUUCACCACCGACGCCGGCAUCAGGGCUUUGCAGCUGGAUUACGUCAUUCUGACGCACAUGGGCUUCCUCUUCGUAGAAGACGGUCGCGUCGCUGCGGCUGCGUACGCGGCCGACAGCGAGAGCUUCGUGAGAGCCGCCAACCGCAUGAUGAAGUGGGACCCCAGCGUCGUCCUCCGCGACCUGCGCGAGUUGGCGCCCGAGGGCGCUGCGGGCGCGCGCGAGGAGGGGGACCAGGGCGUGGCCGAUCAGAUCUGCCAAGGCUUGAAGGACAUGCUCGACGGCAAGCCGGUGGAUCUUGACCCGCUCCGCGCUCUGGAGGCCCCUCUCGUCGCCGAGGUGCGCGGCCAGAGCGUGCCAGCGUCGCAGGUGGGCGCCCCUCCGCCCGUGGGCCCGCCGAGCCAGCUCGGCGCUUCGGCCGCGACAGCGUCGGGGCUCAGGCUCGCGCAAGCCGCGCCCCCGGCCGCAGACGAGGCAGGAACUGGAGGCUCUCGCAAAAGGAUGCGCACUGAGGCCCCGCUGGCGGAGGACAGUUUCGAGGAGGAGCCUGGGCUCAAGAAGAGGAUCCUGGUGUCUAUCCUGAGCAGCGCUCAGAACCCGUACGCGGCUGCCAAGAACAAGUCCUCGUUCACUGGGGCCACCCCAGAGGUCAUCGAGAGUUCCAUGCGCCUGAUGAUUCGGUUCGCCGGCGCCGCUGGCUUCGGCACGCUCCAACACGGAGGGUCCGCGGUGCAAAUGCACCAGGUGCCUGCCGAACACAAAGACGCUGUUUACCAGGAGCUCCAAUCACGCUUGGGCCUCACGCCAAAAGGCACAAAGAAGAUGAAUGAUGCAAAUGAUGCUCGGGUGCCGUCGUCGGACUUCGACUUCGCAAACUUCAUGAGCAAGUCUUCAUCCUCCCACCUCGGUUCUACGGACACGGUCCGCGCUGUCAUCACAUUGGGCAUCGGCCUCAAGUACCUCGACACGUUCAUUGAGCAGUUGGUUAAAACCUUGAGCCCUGACGCCAAGGGCUGGAUUGUGGACCUCUCCCCUGAUACUGCCGUCACUGGCACACUGCUGGCAUCCUUUCCGUCGGACCUAUCCACCUUCAACAAGUCGCUGAUUCUGGCGACGGAGGCGUCGAAGGCUGGGAGCCGCGGCGACUACUUGGAGACCAUCUCCAAGAAAGUCAGAGACGAUCACGCUGGAGAUUGGCUCACGCUCCCAAGCGUGGUCAAGUUCGACUAUGAGCAGGACCUCGUCCAGGCCCAUCGCAUCUCCGACGGCUCUGGCCUGGAGUGGCUGUUCGUCCUCAGCGUGCCCCGCGAGGUCUUCUGGGGCAAUUUGACGCUGGCCCGCAACUUUACGAUCAUCGGGGUGUGUUGCCUCACAGCUGGCAUGUGCCUGGUCCUGUUCAUCCUGUCUUGCAUCGUCAGCAAGCACCUGAUGUCGCUCGGGAAGAAGAUGGCACUGGUCGCAGAAAUGAAGGUCGACUCGUGCAGCUCGGAAGGGCUGUCCAUGUAUAAGGAGGUCUCGGGGGUCAGCGAGAUGGAGGUCAGCUUCAAGACGAUGAAGCAGAAGCUGCGGGAGUUCUGGACCGACGAGCAGGCCCGCCACCAGAAGCGCGAGGAGUCGCACCGGCGGCGGCUGCGCACACGGGUUCUCUCGGCCAUAGCAGACGCGGACAGCCUGCGGCACCCGAUGGUGCUCUGCAAGGCCAGCUGCUUCGUGGAGAUGGGCGGGCUUCGGUCCUACGAGAGCCUGCGCGACGCAGGCAAGCUGGUCGUCCUUGACACGAUGGAGAAGGUCGCCAACUUCGAGAGCGUGCACGCCAUUAUCUUCUUCUCCCACCAGUGGCUCGGCUGGGGCCAGCCUGAUCCGGACAACGUGCACCACCAGACCAUGGUCAACGCGAUCAGGCAGCUUAAGUCGGGCACGUCCCUCUGCAGGGGGAAUGUUCAAACAUUUUUUAACAUUAGAAGAAUCCGCCGGCCUUGCGGGGCCAUCAGGCUGCGAAGAUUAGGCUUGCAGCCCUGUGCCAGAUGCAGUUUGCAUUUUCCACUUUUGCAAUCCUGCUUUCUGCUUCCUUACUGUUAAUUGUUGCUGAACGCGCGAGGGGGGGAGCCGAAAAGCGUCC